AUGCAAGCAUUCCGCUUCACCGACGUCGAAACGGGUCUCUCCCGCGAUACCAUCCCCAUCCCCACCCCGGGCCCGGGUCAAGUCCUCCUGUCGGUCAAGGCCGUCGGUCUAUGCCACUCGGAUGCCAACCUCGUUCACGGCGUGGGAUUCCAAUGGCUCCGGGCACCGCGUCCCAUGACCCUCGGCCACGAGGUGGCGGGCGAGAUCGUCCGGCACGGGCCGCCUUCCUCCGAACAGCAACGCGCAUGGGCGAAUGAGUUCCCGCCGGGAACCCGCGUGGCGGUGGCCAUGGUGUCUCACCCCAUCGAAACAUGCAACUGGGACACGGCCAUGGGCAUAGGUUCCCCGGGCGGGUACGCCGAGUACACCAUCGCGUACGGAGAGCACCUGGUGCGGAUCCCGCAGGGGGUGAGCUACGCCCAGGCGGCCGUGGCGACCGACUCCAUCUCGACGGCCUACCACGCCACCCUGGUCACCGGCGCCGUCCGCUCCGGCAUGACGGUCGGCAUCAUCGGCAUCGGCGGCCUGGGCAUGAACGCCGCCGCCGUGGCCGCGCUGGAGGGCGCCCGCGUCUACGCCGCCGACACCAACGCCGCCAAGUUCGACGCCGCCCGCCGCGUCGGCGUCGUCGACUGCGCCGCCAGCCUGGCCGAACUCCUCGAGAGGAAGCAGGGCAAGUUCGACGUCGUCAUCGACUUUGUCGGUAUCGCUGCCACCGUGCAGUCGGCCAUCACGGCCGUGCGCGACGGAGGCACCGUCGUCCUCGUCGGUCUGGGCGCCACGACGGUCGAACUUCCCGUGGCGCAAAUCAUCAGCAGCAGCAUCAACGUUGCCGGGUCUAUCGGCGCGUCCAUGCAGGACCUGGUCAAUGUCCUCGACCUCAUACAGAGAGGCGACAUCAAGCCCGACAUCUCCGAGAUACCCUUUGCCGACAUCCCCAGGGGACUGGAUGACCUGGGCAAGGGAACCGUUCAAAACCGUCUGUUUGCCUGUCCUACAUAG